UAUAAGUUUUGCAUAUGGCAGUUCAAUUUCCGUGAGUUUAACGUGAAUGACGAUGUUUUUGCAAAUGAUUCUGUUGAGCUGUUGAAACAGAGCGGUAUCGAUUUUAAGAAAAAUAACGAAAACGGAAUCGAUGCGCGUAGAUUUGGCGAGUUGUUGAUAUCUUCAGGGAUUGUGCUGAAUGAUAGUGUGUAUUGGGUAACAUUUCACAGUGGAUAUGAUUUCGGAUAUUUGUUGAAAGUGUUAACAUGUCAGAAUCUGCCUGAUACACAAUCUGGAUUUUUUAGUUUGAUUAAUAUGUAUUUUCCCACCAUUUUCGAUAUUAAACAUCUGAUGAAGUUCUGCAACAGUCUUCAUGGUGGGUUGAAUAAGUUAGCUGAGUUAUUGGAAGUCGAAAGGAUUGGUGUUUGUCAUCAAGCGGGUUCGGAUAGUCUGCUUACUGCGUGUACUUUCAGGAAGUUGAAGGAUAAUUUCUUCAGCGGCUCGUUGGAGAAGUAUGCUGGUGUCUUGUAUGGUUUAGGUGUCGAUAAUUGACGACAAUGGUAGAGGAAAUAAGCAACGAUUUGUUAAAAAAGAUAUCGAUAUGUUGGUUUUGUUUGUUCUUGUUUGCGAUAUAUUCAUGGUUUACAUUUUUUUAUGAUUUAUAAUAAAAAGAUGCAGCUGGUAUUUGAUGUCUA